CUGCGCGGUUCCACAUGCUGAGGAGCCGUCAAGGCAGUGUCUCCACGCACCAGGCUCUGCUCUUCUCCUCCCCGGCUCCUGCUGUCUUUCUGCUGCCUCCUCAGCACCCUGCAGCACUGAGCCGAACCUGCUGCUGCAUGAGGGCUGCGUGGUCCUGUGCUGGUGGUGUGAGGCUGUGCUGUCCUCUUUGCAUGCCCGCAGCAUUCCCUUGCCGGCCUCCACCUCUGGAAACACAUGAGAUUAAAGAGAAAAAAAGUUACACUUACAGCCUCUGCGAACUGAGGAAAAAUGGCAGCAGGCCAGCCACACCUCAGCAUUCAGAUGUCGGACUGGAAUACAAAUGGCGUCCCCAGCAGGCAGCAGUCCUCUCCAGACUUAGCUGGCAGGGGAGGAAGCAUAUUAACCUUCCACAACAUCUGCUACCAUGUGAAGAUGAAGACUGGGUUCCUGUGUUGUCAAAAACCAGCAGAUAAAGAAGUUUUGAGAGAUGUCAAUGGCAUCAUGAGACCGGGACUGAAUGCAAUUUUGGGACCCACUGGCAGUGGUAAAUCUUCUCUACUUGACAUUUUGGCCGCAAGGAAGGAUCCCCGUGGGCUUUCUGGUGACAUUUUGAUCAACGGAGCUCCUCAGCCUGUCAACUUUAAAUGUACCUCUGGUUACGUAGUACAGGAUGAUGUGGUGAUGGGAACCCUGACUGUAAGAGAAAAUUUGAAGUUCUCGGCAGCACUCCGUUUGCCAAAGUCAGUGAAGGAACAGGAAAAAAAUGAACGAGUGAAUCAGGUCAUCAAGGAACUGGGUUUGACCAAAGUGGCAGAUUCCAAGGUUGGCACAGAGUUCACUCGCGGGGUGUCCGGUGGAGAGCGGAAAAGGACCAGCAUUGGGAUGGAGCUCAUCACAGAUCCUGCCAUCUUGUUUUUGGAUGAGCCGACCACGGGACUGGAUGCUAGUACCGCAAACGCGGUCCUACUGCUUCUGAAAAGGAUGGCAAAACAAGGGAAAACCAUCAUCUUCUCCAUCCACCAGCCUCGGUACUCCAUAUUCCGCCUGUUUGACAACCUGACGCUGCUGGCAGCAGGGAGGGUGCUGUACCAUGGCCCUGCCCAGCACGCCAUCCAGUACUUCCAGUCCAUCGGCUACGAGUGUGAGCCCUACAACAACCCUGCCGACUUCUUCCUGGACAUCAUUAACGGGGACUCCACCGCGGUGGCAAUGAGCAAGGCUGAUGAAACAGACACAGCAGACAACACCGAAGAACACAGCGCAUGUGCUAAAACCUUGGCUGAGAGGCUAGCAGAAAAAUAUUCCAGCUCUACCUACUACCAAGAAACAAAAGCAGUACUAGAGAAUAUUUAUUUGGGAAAUAAUAAGCAAACAAAACCAAUUUUCCAACAAAUCACAUAUGCCAAUUCCUUCCUUCAUCAGCUGAAGUGGGUGUCCAAGCGCACAUUUAAAAAUCUGGUAGGAAACCCUCAAGCUUCCAUAGCUCAGGUGUGUGUUACAGCUGUACUGGGACUGGUUGUAGGAGCCAUUUUCUUUGGACUUGAAGAGAACUCCACUGGACUACAGAACAGAGUGGGUGCAAUGUUCUUUCUGACCACCAACCAGUGUUUCAGCAGCAUCUCAGCUGUUGAACUCUUUAUCGUGGAAAAAAAGAUAUUUAUACAUGAAUAUAUCAGUGGGUACUACAGAACAUCUGCAUAUUUCAUCUCAAAGCUAUUGGCUGAUUUAAUACCCAUGAGGACUAUACCAAGUAUCAUCUUCACCUGUAUUGUUUACUUCAUGUUAGGUUUGAAACCAACAGUAGAAGCCUUCUUUAUAAUGAUGUUCACGCUCAUGCUCAUGUCCUAUACAGCCACUUCCAUGGCACUGGCCAUCGGAGCAGGACAGAACGUGUUCACCGUAGCAAACCUGCUCAUAACUAUCGUGUUUGUUUUUAUGACUAUUUUCUCUGGGUUGCUGGUCAAUCUCACAAGCAUCGUGUCCUGGCUUGCUUGGCUCAAAUAUUUUAGCAUCCCUCGAUACGGAAUGGCAGCUUUACAAAUCAAUGAAUUGACUGGUCUGAACUUCUGCGCCAGCGGUAAUAACACAAAUUUAAUCAGCAACAAGAACUACCGGCAGACAAGCCAGCUGUUGUGUACAGGAGACGAGUAUCUGAAAACUCAAGGCAUUGAUGCGAGUAGCUGGGGCCUGUGGCAGAACCACCUGGCUCUCGCCUGCAUGACAGUCAUAUUCCUCACCAUUACGUAUCUGAAACUGCACUUCAUGAAGAAGUUCUCCUAAAAACAGAAUGAAAAUGCCAUUCCUGUUGUUCUGCAGUUUGAGAAACUGACUGUGCAACUGACUUGAUUAUUUUUCAAGAGACCUUCCUUUGUACUUUGCUCAUGAUUACACAAGUCAACAAUGUGAACGCCAUCCUUGUGUAUUAAAUACUUAGUGUUAAUGUACUUUGCUGAAAUGGCUAGCAUGCCUUAAUUAUCUUUGCCAUAAAAAGUAUACGAUUCAUUUCUUCAAGAGACUAUUCAAUCUUUCUGAAUGUUCUAGGUAUGGUUUUGUUAAGCAAUGAAACUAAUGUUUAAUGGCUUAACCUGAAAAAAACCCCUAUUAGUUCUCUACUUUAAUUAGCACCUACAUUCAUGGGCAAGUGAUUCAGUCCAAAGUGAUGCUGAUCAGGACACCAACAUUAUCUCGACUGCUAAUGUAGUGACAGUCGACACGAGACAGUGACAAAAAGAUCCUCUCCACCCCAGUUCACAUCUCAUGCCCUUUUCUAUUUGGGAAUCAUUGCUGCUCUGGAGCGUACUUGAUCAAUGCCGUCACAUUUUUUCUUACCAAGCACGAGUGGUAGAAACGCUAUUUUUUAAAUAAAGGUGGCUGUGUGAUUUCUUAUUCUGCCAGUUUGCAUCAUCACUGAAUUCUCUGCGCAACUUCUCACAAUCUUCACUGCCCUGUUAUUGCUGCUACCGUGAGUUCUUACUCCCGUUUAUAGUGACCAAUUUCAAACGUAAAUCUAAUCAAGGUGGCACCACAUUUUUAAGCAUUGGCAUUGCAAAGCAGAUCUCUGCCCCACUACUAUUUCACGCAAUAAAAAUAUGCUCUGUUUUAA